AACCAAUCUUUGGGCAUUGUCUCCUCUGUGCAUGGCAGCCCAAGCAGCUAAAGAAAUUUCCUUACAGAUCUUGGUCCACUUUGCCACCUGAAAUGCCUCUCAGCAGAGAAGUUUCUAUGCAUGUACUUCAAUACAUCUCUCUCUCUUUUUCUUUUUCUUUUUCUUUUUGUUAACUUUUUCCAAACACUCAUAAACAUAUUGCCAUGAGAAACCUCAGGACCUCUACAACCUUUCCCCCACUGUUCUGCUCAAUCUUGUUUUGCCUGUUCUUGCGACUUUCAAACAACUCAAGGCCCUUCAGGUUUUCUUUGAAAUUCAAAAACCUCCGGUUUCCACUCUGUCUUACACUUUCCUCCAUUGCCCUUUUAAUUGUUUUCGUACUUACUUAUUGGAAGUACCAGAACAAAGAUGAUUACCAUGUGGGGUGCAUGCAAUGACAACAAUCGAUGUAACUAUGCUGUUUUUCCAUACAGUAUAUUUAUAAGAAGAACAGGUUUCUUGUCAAUUAUAAUUUAGAUGGUUGUAGCUGUGAUAGGAGGUCUUGCAGUUGCUGCUGCUUGUUAUGCUGGUAAAUAUGGUAUCAAGGCUUGGAGCGCUUUUAAGGCAAGACCACCUACAGUUACAUUCCGCAAAUUUUAUGAAGGAGGUUUCCAACCUACAAUGACAAAGAGGGAAGCCGCUCUUAUUCUUGGACUCAGGGAAAAUACAGCAUUAGAUAAGAUUAAGGAAGCACAUAGAAAGGUGAUCGUAGCAAAUCAUCCAGAUGCAGGCGGUAGCCAUUACCUUGCUUACAAAAUUAAUGAAGCCAAAGACGUGAUGCUUGGAAAGACCAAGGGCAGUGGAAGUGGGUCUGCAUUCUGAUCUCUGAGUUGACAGUUUUGUUGAAGUUUUAGAGGUGAGUUUUAAGAAUUAGGUGCUGCCCUAGUUGAACAAUUCCACCUCCGCCUACCAAGAACCCUCCGGCGUGCAAAAAUUAUUCUUGCCAAGUCUAUGAUAAUAGGAUCUUUAGAAUUUAACAGUCAUAUUUUCAAUAAUUUAAACAUUAUUGAACAUGACCUUUUUAUGUUUUCUUGAGUUUGUUGAAUGCUAGGUGAACAUUUUACUAUUUUUGACUAGGAUGUGUUAGUAUGAGUGUCAUAUAUUAUGUUGAUAAGAACAAAUUGUACUUAAUGUAGCAUUGUUGUUCUUGUGUUAA